AAACGUAGAGACGCCAUCAAGCGUGGUUAUGAUGAGCUACAGGGUAUUGUGCCAACAUGCACGCAGACAGAUACCCUAGGUCCUUCCAAACUAAGCAAAGCUACUAUUCUUCAAAGAUCGAUUGAUUACAUUCAAUUUCUGGUACAGCAGAAGAAGAAGCAAGAAGAUGAGCUGGACUCUCUUCGUAAAGAAGUCAUGGCACUGAAGAUAAUGAAAGCUAAUUAUGAGCACAUAGUAAAGACACAUCAAAACCAGCCAGUACAUGGUCAGAAUCAAGUGUCAGAUGCUGCAAAAUUUCAAGUGUUUAAACAGAUAAUGGAUGCAUUAUUUUGCACGUUCAAUGCCAACAUCUCUGUGGCAAACUUUGCUGAGUUAUCAGCUUGUGUGUUCAGCUGGCUGGAGGAGUACUGUAAGCCUCAGACAUUGAGAGAAGUUGUGUUAGGAAUCCUUCGUCAGAUGAAUCAGCAGCUCAACCAUUGAAUUAUUACAGUGUUACACUGAUAUAUGUCCAUGUUUUAUCAUACAUCUUGAGAUGGAAAUCAUUUGAAUAUAAUAUACAACUGAGAAUUUUUUCUAUCUAAUGAAUUUAAAGUACUAUAAGAUGAUGUGAGUAAAGUGUUUUGGGUGUAACACAAACAAAAUAACAUUGUGAAUGAACUUGUAUCUAGCCCUGUCCGAUGCUUUCACACACCUAGAUCAAUAAUAUGGAGCUCUAAUAAAGUGUAUAUAUAAAAUAAAAAUAUUCCUAUACAAUUCUGACCAACUUAGAACUUAAUAUUUUAACAAUAAUUUGAAUACCCAAUAAAAACUUUUGGUGGAGCAAAAUAGUUGCUGAAAAUACACUCCAAAAAUGGUUGUAAGGUACACAAAUUUUAUGCAUUUUAAGAAAAUAGUACAUAUUUUUUCAGAACUUUAUGAAGAAUCAUGCUUUAACACAUAUUUAAGGAACAAUUUUCUGUUGUGUUUGUUAUGAGAUCAUGUGACUAAAUCACCAGCUAACAAACUUAAUAUGAUGUCUUGUUCAUAUGCAUGUGUGUAUAGUAUAUACUUUGAAGGACUUACCAUUGUUUACAACAUUUACAUAAUGAGAUUGUUAGAAUUGAGGUAAUGUACAUACUGUAAGGGAAUUUAGUAAUUGGGACAGGUGUGGUAGUUGUGUGUAAUCUUGAUAAGAAUUAAAGGAAAAACAUAA